AUGAUAUCCCACCAACAGCUGGUCGAAACAGCGCAGAUACUCAUUCAGAUAGAACUUGGCGAUGAAUUGACUCAAUUGGUGAUAGAAUUAUUCAAAGACCGGAUAAAGUUGCACGUGCAGACCAAAUGUUCAAGGGUCUGGAAUAGACCUGUGCUCCAGGAUCUCUCGAAAUGGACCCACCAAAUUCUUGUUCCAAAACUUGGAGAUAUUCUUCCGUCUUGCAAUCUCUCAUCCCUAGAUGUUUUAGUCAAGAAUGAGCUGGUUAAGCUCAGAGUUGGAGAGAGCUUUGACAUAGUGGUCGAUUAUCCGGAUUCCACCUUUGCUCUUGAGGAACUGCGCGCAUGCAUGUCAACUCCGGAACAAAAUGCUCAACUGGUGAACACCUUCAUCCAUUUAUCAAGAAAGAGGUUACUCCAUGCGGGUGUGAAUACCAUCGACAUCAUCAAGUGCUAUAUUUCAACCAUUCGCUCGUUUCUGAUAAUCGAUCAUCGAGGAGUCUUGUUGGACAAAGUGUGCAGACCUAUUAGAGCAUAUCUUAGAGAUAGAGAAGACACAAUUGAGCGUAUUGUGUUUGCGCUACUCGAUACGUCAACCGACAAUAAACUGAUUGAGCUUGCUAUUGAGCUUCGUCAGUCAGACAAAAAGAAACAUCUCACACAGGAAAUGGAGCGGGAUCUGGACUGGACGCCUGAUCCCGUAGAUGCUCUACCUGACUUCCGUAAAGGAGUGGUGGAAGAUGUGGUGGAGUCACUAUUAUCAAUUUUCGACUCAAAAGAUGUGUUCAUGAGUGAGCUAACUAAAGUGUUUUCCGAACAACUACUUCGCAUCACAAACUAUGAUGUUCGGGAAGUCUACGGUAAGCUUCAGCUGCUAAAGUCGAGAUUUGGCAACUCAGAGUUUGGGUCUUUGGACGUUAUGAUGAAAGACAUCAUUCAGAGCCGCAAGUUGGACAAGCUUAUCAAUUCAGAUAAAGUUCACGCAUCCAUAAUUUCGCAUAUGUACUGGCCGGAGUUGCCAGAAGAGAAGUUCAAACUUCCUGAUGAGAUACAAACUAAUUUGCAAAACUACGAGGAAGAAUUCAAAAGGAAGAAGAAAGGACGCAAACUCACCAUUUUCCCGUCUCUCACAUACGUGGAUAUUGAUGUCGAGAUUGGCAACCAGGUGAGAAAUUUCAAGGUUUCUGCCGAUAAGGCUUCUAUUCUAUAUUCCUUUCUAGAUAUUCCAAAGGGCAGUGAGGUGAAACUUGCUAUAAUUUGCAUGAAACUCCAAAUGUCGCUAAAGCUGGUCAGCGAGGGACUGUUAUUUUGGGUGAAACAGGGCGUUUUAAAAGAUUGCGGCAUCAACACCUAUAAAAUCAACGAGUGAUCAUUUCAGUUCCAUUGUGAUGAUUUUUUCCACAGUUCUCAGCACCUCGUCGCUGAACUCAUUAAUUUGGUCAUAAUGCGGUUGCCGGAACCGUUCAUUUAGGGCCUCGUCAAGCAGGUGUCUCAAUUUCGUGAUUAAGACAGCAUUUUUGCACCAUGUUCUUAUAGGCAGCCAUUGUCCCAUCACGAUACCUGGAGAAGGCUUGCCGGACGAGACGGUACUCAGAUCGUACGAUAUAGAGCCACCAAAUAGCAGAACGGCUAGAAUGGAAACAGGAGUCACAUCUCUGAUAUACAGCUUGGUUGUGGUGUGCGAUGCUCCGUACGUGAGAAAAUGGGACGUCAAGUUAUUGGACUUUGUAGGUGUGAAGAUAACAUUACCGUUCUCAUCCUCCACAAGCGGUUCUCCACCCGAUCCAGCUGGGGUUUUGACAUUAAACAGCGUUGACGAGGGGUGCAAAAAUGCUCUGGUAGCAGGAAGCUGGUCGUCAUGGUUCUUGAUAUAUUUUUCGUUCCUGAUCCAGAAUUUGAUGCUCUUUGCGUCGGGGUCUAUAGAAAUCGAUCCAGCAACACUUGCCAUGUAUUUGGGAUCCGGAUAUUGCACUCUGGCAAUUUGAGGGUAGGACGAGGAGCAUACCAAUGAGCAGAGUAUCUGAUAGUUACCCGAGUUUUUGUUAAGAAUCGACGAGGACUGGGAUUUAGGAUAGUCCAUUGGGAUGAAGCCAAGAUCUUGUAAAGCAGAAAUGUACUGCGUUCUCGUCGACUGAAUCUCGUUCAUCGUCAAAUAUGACAGAUAGUUCUCUUCCAGCCAGCGGCGUUGAAUUUUCGGCUCCAGAUUCUGGUACUCGUUGAAAGCGUUCAGAAUGGCAAUGAAGUCUCCAUAGCCCUUAGAGAACUUGUUCUGGACUUUUUUCACCUCGUCGCUGUUCUCCAUUCUUACCAUGAACGGGUUUCCUGUGACUCCAAUGGCCGCAAGAGUGAGACAACUAUCCAGACACUUGAACAGAACGCCGAAGAGAAGCAAUUUUCCAGACUUGAGGUCUGUUGGCAAUGUUGAUAAAUAUGAUCCCAACUUUGUCAAGUUAUCGUUGUGCAACGCCCCCAUUUCUGUCAGCAACUGUUUCGAGCUCUCGACAUUUUCCACGUCUGGCGGGUCCAGACCCAUUUUCAAAAAUUCGUGCACAUUUUUGAUGCCCAUGGACUUGACCACCAGGUACAAAUUCUCCAGUCUUGUGCGCUUGAUUUCAGGAAUAGGGUAUUUGCGCAUAGUCUUCGUCUCUGUUUCCUUGGUGAAGAGCUUGUAGCAGAGCCCAUUCUGGAUACGUCCUGCUCUUCCUCGUCUUUGUCCACAUUCUGCUUGCGAAGCCCAGGAUUCGACUAGUUUCGUCGAAUUGGAAGCCGAGUCAAAAUGGAUACUUUUCACUCUUCCCGUGUCAAUCACCACCACAGCAUCAGGAAUCGUGAUCGACGUCUCUGCGACGUUUGUGGAGGCCACCACCUUUCUUUUUCCUUGAGGAGGGGAUCUGAAAAUCCGUUUCUGGUCUUUGGAGCUCAAGGCAGAGUGCAAAGGCAGAGUCCAGAAAGGACCGUUUAUUUUUGCCAAACAUUUGCUAAUUUCCAUCACUCCUGGCAAGAAUAUCAGUAUAGACCCGCUGUUUGACUGCGCACGCAAAUCGGCGUCAACUUUCUCCACCAAGGCGGCAAUCAGGUCGUAAUUAAUAUUCCCCAGCUCAAAAUAUUUAGAGUCCGCCUUUGGCUGAAUUUGGUCUCCGUUCCUCAUUGUCACUGUAAACUGCAAAUCAUCAAGGAUAUCGUCCAGAUAAUAAUCCUGAAUAGGAAACGUCCUGCCUUCAAUGUGGACGUGAGAAACUCCAGACCCAAAGUACUUGUCAAAUACCGAUAUGUCAAUGGUGGCAGACAUGAGCACCACCUUGAGUUUUGGAUACAUUUUGAGGAUUUUCUUCAGGAUGAUCAGAAGAAAGUCUCCGUCGACAGAACGCUCGUGCACCUCGUCAACAAAGAUGUAGCCCAGGUUUUCGAAGAUCGUAUUGCUUGCGUCCUUGUUGCUAACAAUUCCUUGGAUCAUUCUCAAGAGAACUCCCGUUGUGACAAAUGUGAUUCGAGUAUCUUUGCAUGUUUUAUUUUCUCCUCUGAUUAUGUAUCCGACCUCGCUGCCACAUGUGCUGACACGUUCCUCGGAUACCCUAUCUGCGAGCCCAAUGGUUGAAAUUCUUCUCGGCUGAGUGCAGAUUAUGUUGGUGGAAAAGUCGUUUUGGCUAUUGAGCUGGUCCAGGAUAAAUUGCACAAUUUGCGUGGAUUUACCUGAACCAGUUUCACCUGUGAUGAGGCAGGCACGGUUGCUAUUGAUGACAGAAACAAGCUGCUCUUUUUUAUGCCAUGCAGGCAGCUUGGACCGCUGUCUGACCAUCUCUUUAUACUCGCAUAAUUGAAUUCUGGUUGCGUAGUCAAAGGAAAGACGAUCCAGGUCUCUAGAUGCCUUUGCGCGCUGUCUCUUGGUGGUCUUCAAAGACGAAGUGCUUUCGGCUGCCUUGCGCUCUCUUUUGACGCUAGUUUUCACCAGAGGACCAGGAUUUUCCACGAUCCGAAGAAUGUUCUUCUCCAACCACUCAAUGCAAUUGAAGAUGAUCGGCAUGCCCAAAACGUUGUUUUCUACGAUGUGGAAUAAGAGCUCUGUAAUGAUGGAAAUCUUAAUGUAGUUGGCUAGCUUGUAGGAGCUGUUUUUCACCACCAAAUGGAGGCCGGGGAGUGUUUGGGGAUAAUUGGGGCUUUUGUACACCUUUAGCGCGAGUAAACCUUCGUCCAUGCCCUCUGGACGCAGCGAAAUUUCGGCAAUAUUCUUCUUGGGCAGCUUGAUAUUGUCGUCUCCAUAUAUUGCGACGAGUCCGUCGAGUUCCUCCUGCCAAAUUUCCGCAGAGUCCGGUUCCUGAGCGUCGGUCUCAAAGUCGAUAAGCGUCGACGUCAAAUAGACCCCCAAAAGAAUCUCGUCGUAUCCACAGGCGCUAAUGGCAGUUUCUAUUUGGUUCACGCUGAAUCCUCCCUCUCGGAGUCUUUUGACAAGAUUCUCUUUUUUGAAGUCUUUACUAAUAGUCAGCUCCACGUUCGAGUCUUUACUGUCCUUCACAAAAAGAGGCGGAAGAUCGUCUUCAGGAAUGUGAAAUAUGAGCCACUCCAAAGCGUCGGUGAAAGUACUCGUAUACUUCAGAGAUUCUUCAACAUGCAUUUUCCUGAACCCUAGUGCUUCCAACGCUCCAGCAUCAACGUUAAACCUUUCACCCUCUAUAUUCUCUUCCGACCAUUCGAUGUGGUGUCGGAUACAGUCUUCAACCAAGGCUCUGAC